AUGAGAAUUUGCGUUUUUCAAUCUUGUUUUGAGGAGCUACAAGCUUCGGUUGGCGAGUCGCAGAAGUUAUGUAUGAAUCCGGGCGUAUUCAUCACUCAGCACACUGUCGCGCACAAAACCAUUCAUAAAACGACAGCCAAGGAACAAAUCGAUGAGGCUGUGCAAGAAGGAUAUGACUUCUAUUUGAACUUUAUGUGGGGUACGCAUGAUGAUUCGCUCGCAGGAAUUGAUGCGAUUCGAUAUUUCGAGUCACUCAACCUCCCAUCUGCUGGUGUUCAAAGCUCCGAAAGAGAGGAGUCGAAAUGGGACUUCUUCGCCGCAGCAAAACUGGAGGGUAGUCCUCUAGUUCCUGGAACCGAAAAUUUCCCACUAUUUGUUAAGCCUGCAUCCAGCUAUGGAAGCAUGUUCAUCGAUGAAUAUUCUUUAUGUCGCGAUGAGGCCGAGCUCAUUCGUUGUAUCGAGCGACUGAACAGAUUGAUGCGUCCUGUACGCAUACAAAGAGCGAUAGCCUUGGACCAUUCGAAUCCAGAUCAAUACGCAGAUGCUCAUGAAUCCGCGGGGCGUGACAGCACAGACGUCGUCGUUCAGGAAUUCAUUGAUGGAGAAGAAUUCUCUGUGGUGGUGAUAGCAAUGGGGCAAACCCCGGUUCCACUCAUUCCGCAACGUGCCAAAUACAAACAAGUCUCAGGGGACGGUCGUUUCCUGACGUUAGAUCUGAAGUUUGACUCGGAAUCUGGCUACGAGCUCCUUGAAGAGGCCGAAGACCCCGACCUCUAUCGGCUUUUGCAGAAGAUGGCAAUGGAGGCGUUUACCACCAAGAAGAUGUACACAAAUUAUAUGGGUUGCGACGUUGACAUGCGUAUUGGCCGCGACGGAAGACCCUACGUCAUUGAGGUUGAUCCUCUUCCUGUUUUCUUUUAUCCAACUGGAUCCCAACUCGAAGAUACAGACGUCAAAUAUGGAUACCCGGGAUCUUAUCGAGCCGUUGUCAACACUUACAUCACCAAUUUCUUUCUCGAGAACCCUGGCAGUCGUGGAUUGCAUUUUGCAGAACUGGCCACUCUUUUUGAUUCUCACGGAGAAACUGCGCAGUCUGAGGCUCAAGUUGAAGUCACGAUGCCUUUGUCUGGAACGGCGAUUGAUCUUGGCUGUGGUAGCGGAGCAGUCGGCCAUGCUUUACAUGCGAACUCCGAUAACAAGAUCACGAAUCUGAUUGGAGUCGACAUUUCCGAGAAAAUGCUCGAUAUUUCUCGCCGUGGUGGUCAAUACAGCGAACUAGUACAUGACAGGAUGGAGUCAUUCCUUUCUCGCCAAAUAGAAAUGGUAGAUCACAUCUUCUGCGUUUCUGGGCUAGAAUUCCUUCCCAUGGAAGAGCUUGACUUUGUUCUUGUGAGAUGCUUCCAGCUUAGCAGGCAUUCGAUCACACUAGUAUUGGAUGAUUGGAAGAAUGGAUCAGUCGCCGAUAUCAGGUCCUCUGGCCGCUUCAGAAAGUACUAUGUGGACCAUCUUGAAAGUAUCAAAUCAUUCCAAGUCCCAAAAGUCUGGACGAUGGAAAUUUCAAAGACAUCGGAUCGAUGCCAGGAGAGCCAUCGCUUAACCAUUCAUUUCACAAAAUGA